UAGAACUGUUUGAGGAGGACUUGCUAAUGACUAGGAAUAAUUCGGAUGAAGCUCCGGAGCAUUAACACAACAAGAGAACGGCACAAUCCAAACAGGCAGGUUCACAACGAAAACUCUCCGAGUUAGAAAAAAAAAAUACUGGGUGGCUGUGUGUCCGAUAAUGGAGUGACAUCACUGGAGUGACAGAGCAGCCGCAUGUGGGGUGAGGAGGAGGAGGGACGAUCUCUCUCUCUCCCCCUCCACAUAAAUUUACUUUGCCCUUUGCGGGAGAUGAGCUUCAGCCUCCGCAAAAAAAACUUGUGAGAGCCGAGCAGCGGGGACGGGGAGGGAGGAAACUGCUGGGAACUCGCUCAAAUCAGCCGCAUUGAGGAUUUAUCCGCGGGGCGCUGGACGGUGUCUUGGAGCGGGACUUGGUCGGAGCUCUCCCUGAGUAGCGCGGCUCGCAGCGCGGCUCGCAGAGCAGCGGACCCUCGCAGGGCGACUGGAGGAAACCAUAUCUGGUCAAAGUAUUCGUUGCUGUCACCCGGUGGGACCGUCCGGCUAUAAAUAGCGCGGGAGGAGGUCUCGCGCUCUUUCCCAGCAGCGCUGCAGGCACCCGGCUGCCUUCGCUGUUAUUUUACCCCUGAGCUGGGGGUGAUUGAAGUGCGCUGUCCAUCAUGUCGGUGUUGAGGAAGGAGAUGGAGAAGUACAGGGACAUAGACGAGGACGAGCUGCUGAAGAAACUCUCAGAGGAAGAGCUGCAGCGAUUAGAGGAUGAAUUAGAGGAGCUGGACCCUGAUAACGCGUUGUUGCCGGCUGGGAUGCGUCAGAAGGACCAGACUAAGAAAGCUCCGACAGGGACGUUUCAGAGGGAUGACCUCCUGGCCCAUCUGGAGAAACAGGCCAAAGAGCAUCCUGACAAAGAAGACCUGGUGCCCUUCACAGGGGAGAAGAGAGGAAAAGCCUUUGUGCCAAAAAAGAGGGUGGACCCCAUUUUAGAGAACGUGACUCUAGAGCCAGAGCUAGAAGAAGCUCUAGCGAGUGCUACUGAUGCUGAACUUUGUGAUAUUGCAGCCAUUCUGGGUAUGCACACCCUGAUGAGUAACCAGCAGUACUACGAAGCCCUGGCCAGCAGCACCAUUGUCAACAAGCAAGGCCUCAACAGUGUGAUCCAGUGCACUCAGUAUAAACCAGUCCCUGAUGAGGAGCCCAACUCCACUGACGUAGAAGACACCCUGCUGAGAUUAAAGAGGAACGACCCUGACCUAGUUGAAGUCAACCUCAACAACAUCAGGAACAUCCCCGUCCCGACUCUGAAGGCGUACGCUGAGGCCCUGAUGAAGAACACUGUGGUGGAGAGGUUCAGUAUCGUAGGAACCAGAAGCAAUGACCCCGUAGCAUUUGCCCUGGCAGAGAUGUUGAGGGUGAACACGACACUGAAGAGCCUCAACAUUGAGUCCAACUUCAUCACGGGGACUGGAAUCCUGUCCCUCAUAGGGUCACUGCAGUAUAACACCACGCUACAGGAGCUCAAGAUAGACAAUCAGAGCCAGCCAUUAGGCAACAAAGUGGAGAUGGAGAUAGCCAGCAUGCUGGAGAAAAAUACCACGCUGUUGAAGUUUGGUUACCAUUUCACCCAGCAGGGCCCACGCCUCCGAGGCUCCAACGCCAUGAUGAACAACAACGACCUGGCCCGGGUCGUCAGGUCCGAGUCGGACGGCUCCUUUACACUCACUCUGUCUGUUCCUGAGCUGGAGAGGGCCUUUGGGAAAAAGUUCAAGUCCAAGACUAAUAAGAAAGAGAAGGCUUGAGGGAGGACCCAUCUUCCCUAAGUGUCGGACGAAUGUGUAGAAACCAGGGUUACAUUCAAUCCCCAUGUUCCCUCCUUGACCCCCGUCACCUUUCUGGUGCCUCGUCUCGUAAACAACCUCUGACGACCCUCCAGAAGACCACUACCACCACGCCGGGUUCAGUUUACGGUUUGGAGAAAAUCUCUGAACUCUUACUGACACUUUUAGUUGAUAUUAGAGGAUCGAAUGGGAUUAAUCAGCAUUUUCCUUAUGAGCCUUUCGGUGCAUGCCAAAAAGAGUAAUAUUAUUUUGUGCUCUGAAUUUUGUAUUUUGACUCUGGUUUUUGUCUUGGACAACAAUAUCCACAGUUCUUUGUAUGAACUUAUCUCAUCUUGAAUCCUUAUGUAUCUCAUGAAGUGUCUAGAUUUCAUAUUGAAGGGGCUGGAGGUCUGGUUUUUGAAUGAGCAUCCAUUUGAGAGGUGAUGGGCCUAUUUCACAACCCUUGUUCCAAUUGACCUUAAUCAAUUCUAGUGGUAAUUGAUAUUAUUUUGAAUGUGCUGUAAAUGAUUUGUUCUGUCAUCACUGUUGUUCCCAACAGUUUCUGAUGUUGCUCCAACGUCAGCAUACAUACAAGGUUUCUCCUACCAAUUAUACACAAAAGCCAGUGUCCUUUUGUAGCUUGACAGACAAACUGAAAAAAAAAAUGCCAACUGUAAUGUCACACUUUGACCUUGUCAUGACAGUUUGAUGUUACAGCCUUUUUUCCUACUCUGUUUGAAACGGUAUUUUAGUGACUCAUGUCCUCAGACUUUUCAGUUAUAGACAGAUUUGUAAACCUGUCAACUGUGAGAUUGUUUCUAUAUACAGAUUAUAUUUAUUUCUGACGGACCUGGGAAAGAGUCAGUGUCUAUUCAAAUACUUGACAUUAAUUGGAUCCACUGUGCUGUAAAUCAAAAUGUGAACUUUACACGGUUACCUUAUCCAACAUUUAUAUUAGCAGGCUCUAAUCCUAUUGGUUGCGCAUAACAACUGCCAAUUCAAGUUUUGUAUACUGAAAUUGGAUAUUCUAUGAACCCACUUUGAAAAAUUCUACAAACAACGUCUUGUAUUAGAGGUCAUUGUGGACAUUUUGACUAUGUACCAACACGUAAAGUAUUCGAAUGGAUUUCUGCUGCACUUUCAACCAGGUCUGCUAAGUUGACCAUUUGUGUUUGUUUGUUUUUAUUUACUGGAGCUAAAAAAAAAAAAGGUGUGCCUUAAUAUGAAACGAUUCGUACUGUUGACUCACUGUUUAUUACAAGUUUCACAUAAACGUCUCAAUCGAGGUUUGAAUGAUUUCAUUAGUGGAUAUUUAGAAAGAUUUGAAAACACAGGGAACCUCUUAUGUCUUUACAGCUGUUAAAUUACCAACUCCACAGCCAACUAUGGUAAUGAUAAAUGCUGCUGUGUAUCUUCUAACAAUUCAUUUGAUUUCUUUUCAUUUUAAACUCAACAGCACAUUGAGAAAAAAUAAGGAACUAGAGCUAUAAUGUGGCUUUCUCCAGAAAUGGUCUGCACACUGAUGAGAUGUCUGUCUCUCCUAACAACAACUGUACCUGACACGGACUCUCAGAGAUCAAAAAGAGUCUGACUGCAUGUUUAUGUGUCAGGUAACCCACUUAAUGUCACCACUACUUUGUUCCUGUAUCGUCUGUGUUGUGUUAUAACUGAAUGCUGAAAGGCAGCGAGGACUGUGCCCCUGCCACUCUUUUCUUCUUUCUGGUGUUCUCUGAUAUUUUAGCGCUUGACUCUUUGUGUUUUGUUUGAUAGUUCACUUCUUUUUUUUUGGUUGAAUUUUUGAUUAGGGGAAAAAUAAAGCUUGAAAUUACAAAUCCGACAAUGUUCAUGUGCUUAAACUUUAUUGGCAUUUAACUGGAUGUUAUAGAUGUGCUUCCAUUUAGAGACAACAGUGACACCCAGUGGCUACAUGGAAGAAAUACAUCACAACAUCUUAGACCGCCCAUCUCUCUGUACCACAUAGUGCCCUCUUCAUGCAAAGAAUAUCACUGCAUCAUACAUUAUAUAUUUUAUCAACCUGUAAUGAUGGCUGUUCUUUAUAUCCUUGUCAUUGUGCAGAUUUCACUUGAGAGCCAGAAUAAUUUAAAUCUCGUUCCCAGUGAAGAGAAACGAAGCUUUGCCAGCUUAUUUACUUUGUGAUAGAACGCAGAGGUACCAAACUUUAUACUCAAUAAUACGUUUGACGUGACACAUAAAAUGAUACACCAG